AUGGGAUUUCACUGGGUGUUACCCCUGUUGCCCGCUAUCAACAGCAUCUUUGCUGGGCCAUCCGGACCCAGCAACGCUCUCGUUGAAUCCGUUGACCACCAUCCCGUGAACCUCACGACAUCCAAACUUCCAAUCAUCGGCAGAAACUUCACUGGUGACAACUGUAAGCCAGAGCCAACGUCACGAUACCUCAACUCUGUCACCGAAAAGUUCGCCGUCAAUGGGACUGGAAUCCCAGAAGUCGAUUUCGAUGUAGGCGAGUCGUACGCCGGCCUUCUGCCAAUCAGCAACAAGACCGAUGAAAAAGACAACAUGUUCUUCUGGUUCUUUCCAACUGUCAACGAAGAGCACAAGGAUGAUAAGGAAAUCGUCAUCUGGCUUAGCGGCGGUCCCGGCUGCUCGUCUCUCGUCGCCUUGCUCCAAGAAAACGGCCCCCUUUCCUGGCAACCUGGAACCUUGAAGCCGAAGAGCAACCCUUGGAGUUGGCACCUUCUCACCAACGUCGUUUGGAUUGACCAACCCAUCGGCACAGGCUUUUCCGAGGGCAAGCCCAGCAUCAUCGAUGAGGACGAACUGGCUGUCCAAUUUAUGGGUUUCUGGCGCAGCUUUGUCGAUGUUUUUGGCUUGCAUGGCUGGCGUGUCUACAUCGCGACGGAGUCGUAUGGCGGCUACUAUGGUCCAUACAUCUCGAGCCACUUCAUUGAUGCUAACGACACGGAUCAUUACAAUGUGGCAGGCCUGAUAAUUUACGAUGGAUUUUUAACUGAAAAAGCUGUCCAUUUCAGCGUUCCGGUUCUGCCCUACCUCUCUCGCCAUCAAUUUGAGCUUCCUCUUGACGAUAACGAGCUGUCUCGCGUCCGCACAAUCUCCGAAGAGUGUGGCUUCGACGAAUUCUAUGAUAGAUAUCUUACGUUUCCUCCGUCUGGCAUGCAGCCUGCUAUCGAUUCUGUCAAGAAUUUGAUGCCCAAUUUCACCUCUAUCAGCACCGAGACUUGUAUUGAUUUUCAACACAUUGUCGGAUUGAAAGUUUCCGUGGCGAACCCCUGUUUCAACCCCUACAAUAUCCUCGAGUAUUGCCCUACGGCCUAUACUCCCAUCAACGACGAUGCUCCCUAUUUCAACCGUAGCGAUGUCAAAACGGCUAUCCAUGCUCCCGCUUCGGUUACUUGGCAAAAAUGCAAACAGUACGUCUUCGGGACCGCUAAUGGCUAUGACGAUAACUCUCUGCCAUCAGGCCUGGAGCAUCUCCCGCAAGUCAUUGAAACAACCCAAAAUGUUAUCAUUGCCCAAGGCGGCGCUGACUGGCUCCUUAACAUUGAUGGUGUCCUUUUGGGCAUCCAAAACAUGACAUGGGGUGGAAAGAUGGGCUUUCAGUGCAAGCCCAAAGAUCCUUUUUAUGUUCCCCUUUACGGCCUCGAUCCCGAUAAGCAAAAGCAGACAGGUUACGCCAGCGAUAUGCCAGCUGGUUCGGGCGUGCUGGGGACAGUACACGAGGAGCGAGGACUCACCUUUGUGGUGACCAAGUUGGCAGGACAUCAAGGGCCGGGAUAUGCUCCUGCUGCCUCGCUUCGCCAUUUGGAGAAGCUGCUGGGGAGAGUCGACAGCAUGAGCUACACGGAGCCGUUUACGUUGCCAGAGCUGAGGAACAUUACGCAGCUUGAGGAGCCUCUCGGAAUGGGAACUGUUCACAUUCCGGAAGGCAAGGGGUCGACAAGGCCGUUGGAGGGUUAG